AUGGAGGAGGAGCGGAGGCUGCGGGGAAGGCUGAGCCGCCGCAGGCCGCCUGCGGGGGGCGGGCCCCCUAACUGCCGCCCCUGGUUUCUGUCGGAGGAAAGUAAGAAUGAGCCCUGGGCUGCUCUGCUGCGCAGCACCGUGAGUGGGAACGCGGAUUGGACCCCGAACAGUCAGCCAUUACCACCGCUGCCUGCUUUUCCCAGCCAGGAGUCUCUGCCUGACCCAGAGUCCACUGUGCCUCCUGAGGUCUUCACUGUGGGACCAAAGACUUUUUCCUGGACGCCUUUUCCACCUGCCCUUCGUGGCUCUGGAAGCUCCUACCACCUGUUCCGUGGACCUGAAAGCUCCCUGGGGUCACCUACUCCAUCCUCGAAAGGAUGCCCUGCGCUGGAUCCCCAUCAGACUCCCAGAACCCAGGAGUGUGUGCCUGUGCAGAGUCCACCUGUGUUGCUGAGCUGCCCGUUGUGCCAGAAGGCAUUUGACCCCAAGAUGACCCAGGCAUACACACCGACAUUGGGUGCGGCCGCUUCUUCAUGUGGACACCUGAGUACUGUCUUUUUCUAGUUUUGUUCAUGGGCAACGGACAUAAUGCUGGUCACUGACAGCAGGCAGCAGAUCCUCCGAGGGUUCAUCUUCAUUGUCAGCCUAACUGGAUUUGGAAUCACCUACGAGACACAUCUCAGGGUGUGCCUGUGAAACUGUUUCCAGAGAUUAACUGGGAAAGGAAGUCCCACUUGAAUGUGGGUGGCACCGUAGCCUGGGGUCCCACUGAUUGAAGAGGGGAAAGGGAGAAAUUGAAUACUUCUUACUUGCCACGGCAGCUAUAGCUACUUCUGCUACUGUGCCCUCCCUGCUGCAGGGACUUGCACCUUCAACCGUGAGCCAGAAUAAAUCUUAAAUUGCUUUCCA